CAAACUGCUUUACUGCAGCACUAAACAUGGUGUCCCAAUUUAGCGGUGUUUUGCAGUUGACAGAUCUAGAUGAUUUUAUCACUCCUUCCCAGGAAUGUGUGAAACCAGUCAAGGUGGAGAAGAAGCAAGGCAGAUCUGUGGCUAAAAUUCAAAUAGAAGAUGAUGGGAGCUAUUUCCAGGUUAAACAGGAUGGUGGAAAGCAGAAGCUGGAGAAAGCUAAGAUCACUCUGAAUGACUGCCUGGCCUGCAGUGGCUGCAUCACCUCAGCUGAGAGUGUCCUUAUCACACAGCAGAGUCAUGAAGAGAUCUACAGGGUGCUACGCAACAACAAGCAGGCAGGUGUAGCAGAGCAGAAGGUGGUGGUGGUGUCUGUGUCCCCACAGUCCAGAGCCUCCCUGGCAGCACGCUACGGCCUGAGCAGCAGUGAGGCAGGCAGGAGGCUGACCGCCUUCUUCAAGGGUCUGGGGGUUCACCACGUGUUUGACACCAGCUUCAGCAGGACCUUCAGCCUGUUGGAGAGUCAGAGAGAGUUUGUGGAGCGGUUCCAUCGGAAGGAGCAAGACAAGCAGGCCCUGCCCAUGCUGGCCUCUGCCUGCCCAGGUUGGAUCUGCUAUGCAGAGAAAACCCAUGGAGAGUUCAUCCUGCCCUACGUCAGCUCCACCCGCUCCCCACAGCAGAUGAUGGGCUCUCUGGUGAAGGGCUUCUUCGCUGGCCAGCAGGGCCUGAACCCUCAGCAGAUCUACCAUGUGACUGUGAUGCCCUGCUAUGAUAAGAAACUGGAGGCCUCCAGGCCUGACUUCUACCUGGAGGAGGAUGACACCAGAGAGGUGGACUGUGUCAUCACUUCAGGAGAAGUUCUGAAGAUGCUAGAGGAAGAGAAAGUGUUGCUCAGUGAUGUGGAGCCAGCCCCAUUAGAUACAAUGUUCAGCAGUGUGUGUGGUGAUGAGUUGCUGGGCCAUGCAGGGAGCGGUUCAGGAGGAUACCUCCAUCAUGUGUUCACACACGCUGCCAGACAGCUGUUUGGAGAGGAGGUGAAGGAGCUCACCUACAAGACACUCAAGAACAAGGACUUCCAGGAGGUGACCCUGGAAAGGGACGGUGUGGUCGUGCUGCGUUUUGCCGCAACCUACGGUUUCCGCAACAUCCAGAACCUGGUGCAGAAACUCAAGAGGGGAAAGUCAUCCUACCACUUCGUAGAGGUCAUGGCCUGUCCGUCAGGUUGUCUGAAUGGGGGAGGCCAGGUGAAGCCCUUACCAGAGCAGAACAACAAGGAGUUGCUGCAGCAGGUGGAGGAUCUGUACAGGGAGGAGCGCCCUCUAGUGCCAGAGGAGGACCAGCGCGUGGCAGAGCUGUACCAGUCCUGGCUACAGAGUGUAGGAGAGGAGAGAGCCAGGGAGCUGCUGCACACACAAUACCAUGCAGUGGAGAAGGCCACCAACGGACUCCUUGUCAAAUGGUGAAGAAGAGGGUGAAAAGAUGUUGAAGGGUUUCUGUAAGUGAAUGGUCUGUCCUCAAGUGUCAGGGUGCAUCUCAAUAGUCUAAAGUAGCCUCCUAUGUUUCAUCUCCAUUGAGUUGAACACAGGUUAGGUGGAAGCGACAUGGCCGGUUCUUGUUGGGUAUUUUCUGUCACCUGUCUAGUUCUUUAAUAUCAGUAGAAAUAAAGAAAAAGGCAUGAUAGGACAUUUAUUUUGUCUAUUGAGAUGCAUCCCUAUUCUAGGAUUAUUUGAACCAUUGAGUGAAUUAACAAAACUUGACCUUGGGUCAAUGUUUAUGCCCUAUCUGUACUGGAUGACUGAGUUUAGCACUUUCCUUCCGUCUCUUUCGUGUCUCUCUCCUCCCUCUCUGCUUUUAAGGACCCCUCAUCUCUUUUCUCUGUCUAUCCAUUCCUCUGUUAUCUAUCCUUCUGUCUGUGCUUAAAGGACUGUCUGUCAGGUCAAAUAGAGCAUUAUCGCCAAGUGCUUAAUUACUGUGGUGGCCUGUCAUUUAUUUAUACCAACAUAAAGCCUGUAUACAUUCAGGCUAUAGAUUCUAUAUGCACAAGCUAAUUCAUACCAGACCACUGGGAAUAAUGUUGUUGGAUAAUUAUUACUACAUUUAAGUGUGCACUAAUUAUGAAUACAGCAGUACAUUCUGUUAUUUCACUUGUAUGCACUGAAAAGUAUUUGUUGUACUCUUGAAAUGUUUUCUGAUGGAAUUCUAAACAAAUAUUUUAGUUUAAAUGUAUAUCAUUUCUGCCGUAUUUAUAAUGAAAAUCUAUGAUCCAUAUUUUGCAUAUUAAAAUGUUACAUUAGUGUAACUUUCAAGUA